CUUCGCUCCAGGAAAUGUGGGCGAUCUCGCUGGAAUGAGGCGCUUCUCGCGGCCCGGGAAGCAUAUUGGCGCGUCUGUGCUCUACAUUUCCCCGAGAAAUCUUCUGGAGGUGCUCGCUAGCAGGAGAUUUCAUCGCUGGGAACCGCGAGGAGGCCGCGGGAUCGCCUCCUGGGCCGCCGGCGCUGGCGCGGAUCUAAACAGCCAGGCGCUUGAUCUCCUCGACACCACCGAUUGCUUCGCCUUGAUCCGGCUUCUCCAAUCGUGCACGGAUGAGAAAUCUGGGAAGCGAAUCCACGCGCAAAUAGUUUCCAAGGGUCUGGAGCAGGAUCCUCUUCUCGCCUGCCCCAUCGUCCAAAUGUAUCUCCGGUGUGGGAGCUUGACAGAGGCCGAGAGAGUCUUCCAGCGCCUGGCUCACCGCGGAGUCGUCCUGUGGACUUUGAUGAUGGCGAGCUACUCGUCCCGGGGGAAAGAUCGAAUGGUUCUACUGCUCUUCCGGCAAAUGCAGCUAGAGGGCGUCAGGCCUGAUCGAGCUGCGCUCCUCACGGUCCUAAACGCGUUCCAGGGGCCGGAGUUUCUCGUCGAGGCAAGAGCUCUCCACCAUCUUUGCUCGAGCUCUGGUGCCGCAGCAUCCCAGACGCUCGCGAGACUUUCGAGGGGAUCAAAGCUCGCGACGUUGUGUCGUGGAACUCGAUACUUGGUGCGUAUAGCGAGCUCGGGCAAAUGCAAGAGGCUCGAAUGAUCUUUCGGCUCAUGCAGCUCGAGGGUGUGAGGCCCGAGAAGGUUACCUGCGUGACGGUGCUCCAUGCCUGCAACGCUUCGCCGGCUCUGGAAGAUGGGAAGAUCGUUCAUCUCUGCUGUCAACAAGGUGGAUUCGAGAAGGAGAUCAUCGUGGCAAACGCUCUCCUUAACAUGUACGCAAAGUGUGAAGCUCCUGCGGAAGCUCAGAAGGUUUUCGACGAGCUGGAGAAGAAAGAUAUCGUUUCUUGGACGACCAUCGUCUCGGCUUACUCUCUGCAAGGCCAGCACGAGAAGGCUUACGCAAUUUUCAAGAGAAUGGAUCUGGAAGGGGUCCGAGCUGACAGAGUAAGCAUUGUAACGCUGCUCGAGGCCUGCUGCAGCCAAGGAGCUCUAGAAACCGGUAAAGUUUUCCAUGAUCGAGCUCGCGAAUCCGGACUAAACUCCAUUCUUAUGGUCAGGAACGCGGUGAUCAACAUGUAUGGGAAAUGCGGCAGCCUCCAAGAUGCUCGGGAGGUGUUCGACAAGAUGGAUCACAGGGACGUGAUAUCCUGGAACACGAUCAUCGGCAGCUACGCUCAUUCGGGUCUCUGGAGCCAGUCGGUGGAGCUCUUCUUCCUCAUGAAAGACGUGAAACCGGACAACGUGACUCUCAUGACGGUCGCCAACGCAGCCGCGAGUUUACAGGAUAUAACCUCCGGGAAGAAAAUUCACGAGAGGAUCGUGGAACAGGGACUCGAGUUGGAUCCAAUACUCGGCACAGGACUUGUCAACAUGUACGGGAAGUGUGGAUACUUGGAAGAAGCUCGGGACUUGUUCGACAGGAUUCCAGAGAAGAGGCUGGUCUUGUGGAACUGCUUGCUUUCGGCUUACGUCCAGUAUGAGCAACACGAGGAAGCCGUGAAGUUCUUCAAGACGAUGGACAUGGAACCGGACAAGAUCACGUACAUCACAGUGCUAAACGCGUGUGCGGGGCUUUUAUCGCUACGAGAAGGGAAGUCCGUCCACCAGCGAAUAGUCGAGGCCGGGCUCGAGAAAGACGUGUUCGUGGGAACAGCUCUUCUCGACAUGUACGCAAAGUGUGGGACUCUCCAGCAAGCUUUCGACGUCUUUGAGUCGCUGCCGCUGCGAAACAACAUCACCUGGAACAGCAUGGUGGCAGCGUUCGCGCAGCACGGGCGAUCGAUCGAGGCCGUGACGCUCUUCCGAGAGAUGCUCCAGGAAGACAUCCCAGUGGACAAAGUAACUUUCGUCAACGCUCUCGCGGCAUGCAGCCACGGAGGCCUCACCGAAGAAGCGGCGCAGUACUUCACGUCGCUCGUGGUGGAUUUCGAGCUCCAGCCGAGCGUGGAACACUACGGGUGCAUGGUGGAUCUUCUGGGACGACUCGGCUGGCUCGAGGAGGCGGAGAAGUUCAUAGCAGGGAUGCCAGUUCCAGCAAACUCGGUGAUCCUGGCAACGUUCCUAGCGGCAUGCCGAAUGCACGGAGAUAUCGCGCGAGCUAAACGAGUUGUCGAGAAGGCGGUGGGUUUAAAUCCAGGCUCGAGCUCGUCGUCCUACGUUGCCUCCUCUUUCGUAGCACUGUCGAGCAUCUACGCCGAGGGUGGAGAAUUUGAGGACGCAGCGAGCUCGAGAAAGAGGAACAGGGACAGGAGCUCGAGAGGAUGGAGAGAGGUGGGGGAUGAAGUGUGCGAGCUUGAAUUGGGCGAGAAGAUCCACCAGGAGCUCCAGAGGAUGGAUCGAGGCGGGGGAUGAAGCUGUGAGAGGGAUCGAGGCGGGGGAUGAAGGGAGAUCCACCAGGAGCUCCAGAGGAUGGAUCGAGGUGGGGGGAUGAAGCUGGCAAGUUUGAAUCGAGCGAGAGGAUCCACCAGGAGCUCGAGAAGAUGGAUCGAAUCGAGCGAGAAGAUCUACCAAGAGCUCGAGUGGAUGAAUGAUGAAGUUGCCAACUAGACUAUUUUAAAUUUUGAAUUUGGCA